UUCAGUAUCCAAUGUUUAUGAAGGAGUUUUACACUAACAGAUUCUUUCCCCAAUUGAGGUUGGGUUGCAUAUUCUCUUUUCUUGAAAUAAAGGUAUUAAUGUGUUUUUCACCAAUCUGCUUUCCACAAUUUUAAUCUUCUCCUUGUCACCUAUUUCCAAGGUUAUCUAAUGGUUCUUCCUGCCAGAUCAAAGAAUGCCCGUGGACAACAAGCAUCAUAUCCAAUUACAUUAUUCUAUACCUCCAACAUGCCUAUCAUUCUUCAAUCUGCACUACAAUCUGAAUACUCUAGCCAGUCUAUUCCUGUUGGUGGACUUGCUUACUACGUAAAUGCACCAUCAAGCCUUGCAGACAUGUUGGCCGCAAACAAAUUCCAUGCUCUUUUCUACAUAGAUGGUGCAUUUGAGAUGAGUCUGAGUUGUAUCUGAAAUUCAAAUGACCAGUUCAAUAAGGAAUGUCGUUAUAUACUAUUGGAGCAGCAAUCGUGUGCAGUUUGCAAGAUAAAAUAAGGGAAAAGAAAUACGUUAGUUGGAUCAAGAAACAUCUAUGACAUGGUCAGGAUUUAAUCAUGAGGUUGUUUAUUUAUUUGACUUUUGAUAAUAUCCAAGACAUGUUUAUUCUUAAUUUUCAUUGGACCAUGGAAGACUAUUGGAAUGAAUCGAUGUCCAGGUGAAUUAGUUCUUUCUACAAUCAUUUUUAGAACUCUUUAAAUGUUCUAAUCUACAAAUGCGAAUACUGACCAAAAUUUCACAUAUACUUGUAGGUGGUCAGUAUUUACUUAAAUGUAGGGAGUUUCAGCAUUACGAGAGAGAGAGCCUUCGAUGAUCUUCAAUUAAUGUGCAUCUGAACUGUAUCCUAAAUCUGACAAUUAUUUUAGGAUGUGGUAAGAUUCUGUCAUACGGGAUGAUUAGUAAAAAAAUGAUAUUUCUUAUUUCCAGGCAAUAUGGAAAUUGGGAAUGGGUAUGGUGUUCCUGGUGGUGGUGCUUAUUAUGGUUUCUGAAGACGAGCAUCAUUACCUCCAAUCCUGUCCUUGGCCAUUCAACAAAUGAGUCCAAGGACAGAGUGCAGUGGGGAUUCUAGAUGUAAUUCUGCAACUAAAGAGUUGCCUGAAUUUCGCAAAAAGAUAUUGAGAGCUAGGGGUAUUCUGAAGGGCGAUCCAACAAUGGAUUCCACCCCGCCUUCCAAUAGAUCACACAUGUUGCCAUCUCAGAAGAUGCUGCUUUUAGAAUUGCCUCCAGGGUGGGUUAUGCUCAAUCAGAUAUUGAUAAAGACUUGCUUUAUUGGAUGUUGGAUGCGGAUGGUGAUGCGAGGAAUAAUGCUGUCUACGUGUACAAAUAAAAAUGUUGGAACCGAUUAAAGUGUAG